AUGUCCACGACAGAGAUUUCGGCCGAGGGCAGGUCCACGGACGGCCAACCUGACCCUCCCACCAGUCAUGCCCUCACCAAGGACGCGCCUGCAGGUGACAGCACCAUCCUGACAAACGGCGAGUCACAACAGGACCCGAAGCAGGAGUCUCCCGCGUUCCAACGGAAUUUCAGCUUCUGGGUUGUCAUCGUGGCUCUCUGUGGCGUCAUGGUGAUGGCGUCUCUCGAGAACACUGUCGUUGUAACGUCUGGGCCCGUCAUCGUAGCCGACUUGAUGAUGGUAGACACCUACAUCUGGAUCUCAAAUGCCUUCUUUGUCACGAGUGCAGCCGUUCAGCCACUUUUCGGCCAGAUAUGCGACGUCUUUGGUCGACGGUGGCCCAUGCUGUUCGCCACCUCAUUGUUCAUACUUGGCAGCGGAAUCUGCGGAGGAGCAACCAAUGGCUCCAUGAUGAUUGCAGGCCGUGCUAUACAAGGCUCUGGUUCCGGGGGCGCAGUGAUGCUGGCUCACAUCAUACUCGCCGAUAUAGUGCCUCUGAGGCAGCGCGGGUACUACCUCGCCAUACUGCUUUCGAUAUUCGGUAUCGGCCUGGCUGUUGGGCCCAUUGUCGGUGGUGCAUUUGUUGACCAUGCGACGUGGAGAUGGGCCUUCUACGUCAACUUGCCGUUCGGCGGCCUAACCUUGGUGCUACUGUACCUGUUUCUCCACGUCAACUACGACAGAGGCACGACGGUACUGCAAAAGCUGAGACGAAUCGACUGGCUCGGCAACGCCCUCAUCAUGGCGGGCACCGUCUCGAUGCUGUAUGCGCUCGCAGGCGCUGGGGUCUUACAUCCCUGGAGUUCGUGGGAGACGUUGGUUCCGCUGCUCCUCGGACUCCUUGGCCUGCUCCUGUUCGCGGCGUGGGAGACGUACGGCCAACGGCUGGCGGCCGACCUCGUCAUGCCGCCGCACCUGUUCCACCACCGCACUUCAUGGACCGUGGCCGUCGGCACCUUCUUCCACUGGAUGCUCGUCUACUGGUCGCUGUACUUUGUGCCCGUGUAUUUCCAGGCAGUCCUGCUCUACUCGGCCCAGUACACAGGAGUCGCUAUCCUGCCCCUGACACUCGUGUCCAUAGUCGGGUCUAUAUUGGCCGCCAUGGCCGUGUCUCGAUGGGGCCGCUUCAAGCUUAUCCACAUCGUCGGCGAGACCGUCUUCGCCGUCGGGAUGGGCCUGUUCGGCCUGAUGGGGCGGACCACGACCGUAGCUGAGUGGGUUCUCCUCCAGUGCCUCUCUGCGUUGGGAGGCGGGAUGAUCCUCGACACGCUGCUGCCAGCCUUCCAGGCGCCCGUGUCCGAGUCGGACCAGGCAGCCGCCACGUCGACCUGGACUUUUAUCCGCACCAUUGGUGGGGUCUGGGGCGUAGCCGUCCCGGCAACCAUCUUCAAUAACCGUAUUGACCAGCUUGCUCGCAGGAUAUCUGAUCCUGCCGUGGCGCAGCUGCUCAUGGGCGGCGGAGGCUAUGAGCACGCGACUGCUGCUUUUGUCAACUCCUUUGAUGAGCCUGUCCGGGGACAGGUUCUGGAUGUGUAUAGAGACGCCAUGAGACUCGUCUUCUUGAGCUCAGUCGCUUUCGGUGGCGCGGCGGCGCUGCUAUUCAGUCUAGAAAAAGAUGUCAAGCUCCGAGAGGAGCUGGAGACCGACUAUGGACUGAGGGACAAGGAGAAGAACUGA